AGAAAUUCCUUUGCCUCGGAUAUUUCCGACCUGUCACGGAGAAUUGGUUUUGCCCCACGACCCCCUGGUCCCAACUAAAAGCGCUGUGAUCUUCACAGAUUGGGCUCCUGGAAGCAGCCUUGCCUUCACUUAUCUUUGUUUCCCCUUUUUUUUUCGUUUACAACAAGAAAAUGCUUGGUGCAAUUAGAGCCCGUUCGCAGUUUGCGCGCCCGCUGCUACUGCGGCUGUACCACAAGCCGGCGCGCAACGCGCAGUUCAAGAAGCUGACGUCGUCGGACAUGGAAUUCUUCAAGCGCGUUUUGCCGGCUGAGACCAUCCUGGCCACACCCGCGGUGGGCGGGACCUCUGACCCGGUGGAGCUGGAGGGCUUCAACGCCGACUGGCUGAACAAGUACCGUGGCGACUCGCAGGUGGUGCUGCGACCAAAGACCACGGCCGAGGUAUCGCAGAUUCUAAAGUACUGCAAUGAGAACAAGAUCGCUGUGGUGCCGCAAGGAGGCAACACGGGGCUGGUGGGCGGCAGUGUGCCGGUUCACGACGAGGUGGUGUUGAGUCUGCGUAAUAUGAACAAGGUGCGUAGCUUUGACGACAUCUCGGGCAUAGUGACGUGCGAUGCCGGGUGUGUACUGGAGGAGCUGGACAACUAUGUCGGCGAGCGCGGGUACACGAUGCCGUUGGAUCUGGGCGCGAAGGGCAGCUGCCAGAUCGGAGGUAAUGUAGCAACGAAUGCGGGCGGCAUCCGGUUCCUGCGGUACGGCACUCUGCACGGCUCGGUGCUGGGCCUGGAGGUGGUGCUUCCGGACGGCACGAUUCUUGACAAUCUGAGCACCCUGCGCAAGGACAACACGGGCUAUGAUCUGAAGCAGCUGUUUAUUGGCUCGGAAGGCUCGCUGGGUGUGAUCACGGGCGUGUCGAUCACGACGCCGCAGCGCCCGUCAGCCGUCAAUGUGGCUGUGCUGGGGGUUCCCAGCUACGCGGCGGUGCAGGACGCCUUCCGCCUAGCGCGGCGGCGGUGCGGCGAAGUACUGAGUGCCUUUGAGUUCUGGGACCAGAGCUGCAUGGGCGCUGUGCUGCAUCACCAGCAGCUGAAGAGCCCGCUGGCCAGCGAGUUCCCGUUCUACGUGCUGGUGGAGACCAGCGGGUCGAACAAGGACCACGAUGACGAGAAGCUGGGGUCUCUGCUCGAGGAGCUGAUGGAGAGCGGCACUGUCGAGGACGGCGCCCUGGCGCAGGACGAGCAGCAGAUCCGCCGCAUGUGGAUGAUGCGUGAGGGCAUCCCGGAGUCGCUGGGCAAGACCGGCGCCACGUACAAGUACGACAUCUCCAUCCCUAUCCCCGUGCUGUACGAUAUUGUCGGCGACAUUGCUGGCAAGCUGAAGACUGCUGGUCUGUACCAGUCCUCGGCUGAUCCGGUCAAGAUCGUCUGCGGCUACGGCCAUAUUGGCGACGGCAACCUGCACCUGAAUGUGGUGGCUGACAAGUUCCAGAACCGCGUCACCGAGGUCUUUGAGCCAUACGUGUAUGAGUGGGUCGCUAGCCACCGUGGGUCCAUUUCAGCCGAGCAUGGCGUCGGCCUGAUGAAGCGUGACUACCUCGGCUACUCCAAGCCCAAGGAGAUGAUCGAUUAUAUGCGUCGCAUCAAGGCCAUGUUCGACCCAAACGGCAUCCUUAAUCCAUACAAGGUUCUGUGAUCAAACCGAAUUAUCUUUGCUGCGCGUUUAGUUCGCG